AUGAAUGACAUGAACUUGAGCCCAGUGGGGAUGGAGCAGCUGUCUUCAUCCUCUGUGAGCAAUAAUGCCCUGCCAGUCUCAGGAAGUCACCUGGGCUUGGCUGCCUCUCCCUCUCACAGUGCCAUCCCUGCCCCAGGACUUCCAGUGGCAAUUCCAAACCUGGGUCCCUCCCUGAGCUCUCUGCCUUCUGCCUUGUCUCUGAUGCUCCCCGUGGGCAUUGGAGAUCGAGGAGUGAUGUGUGGGCUACCUGAGAGGAACUACACCCUACCUCCACCACCUUACCCUCACCUAGAGAGCAGUUACUUCAGAACCAUUCUACCUGGCAUUUUAUCUUAUUUAGCUGACAGACCACCUCCUCAGUAUAUCCUCCCCCUCCCCAACUCUAUAAAUGUUGAUGGAAAUACAGCAUUAUCUAUCACCAACAACCCUUCAGCACUAGAUCCNUAUCAGGCCAAUGGAAAUGUUGGAUUAGAACUAGGCAUUGUUUCAAUAAACUCUCGAUCUGUAAACACACAUGGUGCCCAAAGUCUUCAUCCUAAUGAUGGUCACGACGUAACAUUGGACACAACAAUCACUGUGGAGAAUGUUUCUAGGGUUACCAGCCCAAUCUCCACAGAUGGAAUGGCAGAGGAGCUUACAAUGGAUGGUGUUACAGGAGAGCAUUCCCAAAUCCCAAAUGGCUCCAGAAGUCAGGAGCCUCUCUCUGUGGAUUCUGUGAGCAACAGCCUUACAGCAGACGCUGUAGGACAUGGUGGUGUGAUACCCAUUCACGGGAAUGGUCUGGAGCUUCCUGUGGUCAUGGAGACUGACCACAUUGCAAACCNGGUCAAUGGGAUGUCUGACAGUACCCUCAGUGACUCCAUCCACACGGUGGCCAUGAGCACCAACUCUGUAAGCGUGGCACUCUCUACCUCACACAACCUGGCCUCCCUAGAGUCUGUUUCCCUCCAUGAAGUUGGCCUUAGCCUAGAGCCUGUGGCUGUCUCUUCCAUCACNCAGGAGGUUGCCAUGGGGACAGGUCAUGUAGAUGUAUCCUCAGACAGCUUGUCUUUUGUACCAUCUUCACUGCAAAUGGAAGACUCCAAUUCAAACAAGGAAAACAUGGCAACCUUGUUUACAAUUUGGUGCACUCUUUGUGACCGAGCCUACCCCUCAGAUUGCCCUGAUCAUGGACCAGUGACUUUUGUUCCUGACACACCAAUAGAGAGCAGAGCAAGACUAUCGCUCCCGAAGCAGCUUGUUCUUCGCCAGUCCAUUGUGGGAACAGAUGUUGGUGUAUGGACUGCAGAAACCAUUCCUGUGCGGACUUGCUUCGGGCCUCUGAUUGGUCAGCAGAGUCACUCCUUGGAAGUAGCAGAGUGGACAGACAAGGCCAUUAACCAUGUCUGGAAGAUAUACCACAAUGGUGUCCUGGAGUUCUGCAUCAUUACAACCGAUGAGAAUGAGUGUAAUUGGAUGAUGUUUGUGCGCAAAGCCAGGAACCGUGAAGAACAGAAUUUGGUGGCCUAUCCCCAUGAUGGGAAAAUCUAUUUCUGUACCUCACAAGACAUCCCUCCUGAAAGUGAGCUGCUUUUCUAUUACAGCCGCAAUUACGCUCAGCAGAUAGGUGUUCCUGAACACCCAGAUGUGCACCUCUGUAACUGUGGCAAGGAGUGCAGUUCCUAUUCAGAGUUCAAAGCUCAUCUGACCAGCCAUAUCCACAAUCAUCUCCCUAGCCAGGGCCACAGCAGCAGCCAUGGGCCAAGCCACAGCAAGGAAAGGAAGUGGAAGUGUUCAAUGUGCCCCCAGGCUUUUNUCUCGCCUUCCAAACUCCACGUUCACUUUAUGGGUCACAUGGGUAUGAAGCCCCACAAGUGUGAUUUUUGUAGCAAGGCUUUUAGUGAUCCAAGCAACCUACGGACACACCUCAAAAUACAUACAGGUCAGAAAAAUUAUAGGUGUACUUUGUGUGACAAGUCUUUCACGCAGAAGGCUCACCUGGAGUCUCACAUGGUCAUCCACACGGGUGAGAAGAAUCUCAAGUGUGNUUACUGUGACAAGCUGUUCAUGCGGAGACAGGACCUCAAGCAGCACGUGCUCAUCCACACGCAAGAGCGCCAGAUCAAGUGUCCGAAGUGUGAUAAACUGUUCUUGAGAACAAACCACUUGAAUGAGCAUCUCAAUUCUCACGAAGGAAAACGAGAUUAUGUCUGCGAAAAAUGCACAAAGGCUUAUUUAACCAAGUACCAUCUCACUCGCCACCUGAAGACCUGCAAAGAGCCCACCUCCAGUUCCUCUGCACAGGAGGAGGAAGAGGAGGAUGAGUCAGAGGAGGAAGAUCUCCCAGACUCCAUGAGGACAGAGGACUGCAGGAUGAGCAGUGCUAUUUANUCAACAGAUGAGUCUCUCUCCGCACAUAAAUAGGAGGAGAGAGCAACUGCUUUGGACGGAACACACAUUGGUAAAACAAAACCAACCCACUGUUAGAAGUGGACGAAGUGGGGAUAGCUAAAGCACUUACAGAGGAAUGUCCAGUGGAUUCUUUAAGAUGGACUGGCAGAUGAGGCAUGCAUCUGUCCUACUUUUCAGUAAUGGGUGGCAAUGAGAGGGCCAACUUUUACUAUCUGUUCUUUAUUUACAUGUAAUUUGGGAGAUGUAUUUAUGCUUGAGUCAAAGUGCCCCUUUGUCCACACAAAUCAGAUUUCUCUCAUUGUUCCACUUUCCCCCCAGCCAACGUGACUUGAGCCAUCCCACUGCUAACUACACAUGAAGCACUGAUGUAUGCAUUUCAGAGAGAAUUGUAACCGCUGUGCAAGUGUUAGGAGGACUGUAGUUAGUUAAAAAGGAACACCUGCCUACCUUCUGGCUCCUGCCCCUCAGUCUCAGCAGGGGUUGAGAGGGCAGGUAAAGAAGCAGGCAUGGAUCAGAGGACAGUGGCUGAUAGAGAAAAAGGUC